CUGUUUCCUGCCUAUAUCAUCAAGACACAUUCAAAUCUUCUAUUUUGUGCUCUGGUUGGCUAUGAGUUUAUGGACAGUUGAAUGAAGUCAUGGCGUCAGGAACGGUUGACAGCACUCCAACUGUCCUUGCCCUCCUCUUCAUAUGGGUCAUCCUUGUUCUGGCUCUGGUUUACUUUUACAGAAAACUAAACACAGAAACGAACGGCCAAUACACUGUCCAGCGGAUGGUGUUUGCCCCCGGCGGCCUGCGGGACCAGCUGAGACAAGGAGUCGGCGUCGUGGAAAACAGAUUUGACGUCCAUAUUUGGCCUCAACCCCGUGAAGAUGAAGAGAACAUCAGAGACAAAGAUGAAGAUGACGAAAAUGAUCAAGACAAACAAAACGACACCUGCACGGAGGAGCGAGAGCAGGAAAACCAGGAGGAUAAAGAUGAGGAUUCCUCAAGCGAUUAUUCCAGCGUUGACCUGAGGGAAAGAGCAAAGAUGCAGAAGGCUGGAAACAAGAAUGAAGAGAAAGAAGACGAGGAGGAGAAACCGAAGGAGGAGGAGGAGAAAAAAGAAGAGGAGGUGGAGGAUGAUAAAGCAGAAGACGUGAAGAAAGAGGAGAAAGUGGGAUUGCUUGUUGAUCUCAAGCCAUUCACAGGCAGCGCCAUUUGGUCUGAGGAGAGUAAAGAGAAAAAAGAGGGAAAUGACUUUACGGCUUUAUGAAGCACAGAGACGUUGCUUGAAUUUAAAAAAGGUGGGAAAUCAAGGGACUUUAUCAAAUGGGUUACACAAUGCUCUUGUUGUUUUUUGUAUUUUUUUUAUUUGAGCUAGUUUAACCCUGUAAAGCCUGAUGUGGAAAAAUCGUGCAAAAAAAAUGGCACACACUUUACAACAAGGUUUAAUGUGUUUCUACCUUAGAAAGCAAAAAAGAUGCUUAGCAUUUAGCAAUAAAAGGUCAUUUUAAUUUUAACAACUUUUGACUAAUAGAGUAAUGGAGUUUAUAGUAACUGAUUUCUUUUAUCUUUGUCUUGAUGACAGUAAAUAAUAUUUGACUAGAUAUUUUUCAAGACACUUCUAUACAGCAAAUGCGACAUUUAAAGGCUUAACUAAGUUAAUUAGGUUAACUGGGCAGGUUGGGGUAAUUAGGCAAGUUAUUGUAUAAUGGUGAUUUGUUCUGUAGAAUAUCGAAAAAAAUGUAUAGCUUAAAGGGGCUAAUAAUUUUGACAUUAAAAUGGCUUUUAAAAAAUUAAAAACUGCUUUUAUUGUAGUCUAAAUAAAACUAAUAAGACUUUCUCCAGAAGAAAAAAUAUUAUCAGACAUACUGUGAAAAUUUCCUUGCUCUUUUAAAAAUAAUUUGGGAAAUAUAUAAAAAAAUCAAAGGGGGGCUAAUGAUUUUUUAUUAUUUAAUUUAAAUAUAUAUAUAUUUUUUUCUUUUUUUUUUCUCAAAGUUAACAAAAAUUCCAAUAAUACAGAAUAACACCAUAAAAUAAAACAAUCACACAUAGUAUGUAAAAAUAAAUAAAUAAACACAAUAAUAAUAGUAAAUAAAAAAGGAUGAGAUACAGUAUAAACCAAUCAAAAAGCUAUUUUAUCCAAUCAUGUGGUGCUAUUUGUGUAUAAUCCAAAAAAUAGAUACCCUGAUAACCCCUUCCUCUAAAAAAAUAUGUGGUCUUUUCCAAGAGUACUAAGUUGCAAACUUCUGAGAACAACAGCCCAAUUGCUACCUCCAUGUAGAUUGUAUAACAAUUAUCAGUAUCAGCUUCAAGGUGCUGUGAAGUACUUUGAAAUGUGUAUUUAUCUUCGAUGUUUGAUCUUAACUGAAACAUGAAGCCAGGGUGGUACAUAGAGUAGCUCCUCCCCUUUUAAUACAGUCAAUGGGGUUUUGUUUUUAUGACAGCUCUGCCGAUGAGAGUUGUUGAACUCAAGCGCAUCAAAUGAAAAGCAAAUGAGUAGCGUCUUAAAGGGGGUGGGGCAUGUCAGAUACAAGAGAGCAUUUGAUUGGUCAAGAUUUGAUGAGAAACUGAAGUAUGAGGGGAUUCAUUUAGGCGGAAGUGACAAACUGCAAGCGUUGGAUGUUUAUAUCAGGUUUAUAUCCUUAAAUGUGAAUUUUAUUACUGUAUUGGAGCACACUAGCUUAUAUCCUAAUGACUAACAUUAAGUUAUAUGACUUUAAUAGCACAAUUUUACUGGAAAUUUGAAUUUGUAUUAUUUCCAAAUAAACAUACUUCUGGAUCCAAUCAAUUAUUUGGAUACAUGUUAUAAUCUUGCGCACUGAAUAAAAUAAAAUAAUUAAAUGAUAUUUUUAAAGGUCUGUUUUUAAUUAUCAGAUUUGAUGUACAGGCUGUUUUGUAAGACAUUAAUAUGGAGCCCAUAACUGAGGUAAAACGUUGGUUUUAUCUACAAAUAAAGAUUACGUUCUGAUCGUUAUUACAGCGUAGCAUAAAAUGUAAUAUCAGUUGUCAGUUUAUAUCUCCUAAUAAUGCUUAGUCUGAUCAUUUUUAACAUGGAAUACAAUAGAAUGAUACAUAAAUACAAUAAAAUGCAACAUAAACAGUACAAUAUAAUAAUAAAAAUGUUCCCCUAAAGCCUAAUGUAUCAUAUUUGAUUGUUACAUUCAGUUUUUUUCUAAUGAAGAAUGAAUAAUCAAGACAAACUAAGUUGCUUCAGUCAAGUAAACUUUGCUAACAAUAAAAAAGUCACAUUAUUUCACAGUUAAAAGACCCACAAAUGAUACUAAAAAGUAUUUUACUUGCUGGGUUUCUUAUUAAGUUUUUAUUAAGAUCAUGUUUUUCAUAGCAGGUUUAUUGUAGAAUAUGUGCAGGCUUUACAGGGUUAAUUUUCUGUAAAGUGGCUCCACACCGCUGCUGUUGUUAGUUUGAUCCACUUCCUGUUGUUUUUCUGCAAAUGCUGACUGUGUGAACAAAGUACAUUUGAAACUUUUGUAACCUUUUUAGAAGAUGUAAAUAUAUAUUUUUUUGCAAUAAAAAUGUUUUUUGUGUGUGUCAGAAAA